UUGAGGAGCUCUUGAAGAAAUCCUGCUGAAACUAUGGACGCUGAUGAUGACUUGGAUCUGCUGGCUUCUCUUCUGGAAGAAAAUGAAGCAACUGAGGAGGGGAAUUCUCCUGAGGAGGAAGAUGCUCCAGAGGAUGAAGAUGGAGAACCAGAUGAGUACGAUGAGCUCUUUGAUGCAGAAGAUGAUGCGUCCUACACUGAGGAGGCUGAUGCUGAGGACAGCACUAUUGAUGAGCAGAAGGAGAACUUGGCUACCCUGUUUGGAGAUGUAGAGGACCUGGUGGAAGAGGAGGAGGCAGAGAAAGCUGUCCCCACUUCAGCUCCCAGUCAAGCCAAGGAGAAAACCAAUGAAGAACUGCAAGCUGAGCUGAGAAAAUUACAAGAACAGAUGAAGACGUUACAGGAGCAGUUGCAGAAGACUGCACUUGGGCAAGAAUCCAGUUCAGGCCCUGAGAAGAAAACCCCUGGUAAAUCUCCCUGUCCACCCUUAAAGGAAAGGAAAGUUCAGAAGCUGCAAGAGUCACCAUGCUUCUCAGCCCAGCUGGGCAAUCCUUUACCACCAGCCAAGCAAGGAAGGCAGAAAUCAAAAGCAUCCUCAGCAGAGAACAAGAUUCCUCCUCCACGGCAAGUCCUCAGUCUGGCGUUCCAGCCUCUCAAGUCUGCCGCAGGGAACACCCCCAGUAAGGUGACCAGGGAGAAGACUCCUCAUGUGCCUGCAUGCUCCAGCACAGCCACACAGCCAGUGUCUGUGGAAACCUUCUCAGGACUGAGACUAAGAAAACCCCGGGUGUCUUCAGCUGAAAUGGACAGGAAAAUGGCUAACAGGAAGCUCAUCCGACUGUCUCAGCUGAAGAACAAACUUGCUACUGAAAAUCUGGAGGAAAUAGACUGGGUAACGUUUGGAGUCAUAGUGAAGAAGGUCACUCCUCAGAGUGCAAAUAAUGGCAGGACCUUCAGCAUCUGGCGGCUGAACGACCUGCGGAACCUCAACGAGUGCGUCUCGCUCUUCCUCUUCGGUGAAGUCCACAAGGAGCACUGGAAGACUGACCAAGGCACAGUCAUUGGCCUGCUCAAUGCCAACCCCAUGAAACCUAAAGAAGGCUCAGACGAGGUGUGUUUGUCCAUUGACCAUCCCCAGAAGAUCCUCCUCAUGGGAGAAGCUCUGGAUUUGGGCACCUGCAAAGCCAGGAAGAAGAAUGGUGAUCCUUGUGCACAGAUUGUGAACCUGAAUGACUGUGAAUACUGUCAGUACCACAUCCAGUCCCAGUACAAGAAGCUCAGCUCGAAGCGAGCAGAUCUGCAGUCCACCUUCUCUGGGGGCCGCAUUCCCAGAAAAGCUGCUCGGAAAAAUCCCACUUUGAAGGAGAGGCUGUGUCAGGAUGGCUUUUACUAUGGAGGAGUCUCUUCAGCAGCAUAUGCAGCUUCAGUUGCUGCAGCUGCUGUGCCAAAAAGGAAGAUUCAAACCACUCUCUCCAACCUGGUCGUGAAAGGAUCUGAUGCAAUUGUCCAGGAAACCAGGCAGAAAAUUGGUGCAGCAAAGAGACCCAUGCAGUGUUCUGAAGAAUUCAGGGAACUGCUGGCACAGCCAACUUUUGGAGCACGAAACCUCUGCAAACACUGGACCAAAACAGAUGCUGAAAAGAAGCAAGGGGCAGAUUUCCAGUCUAUCUCUGCUUCAGCCCUGAUCAAGCAACAGAAACAGAAAUUGCUGGAGGCCAGAAGAAAGCGAUCUGAAGAGAUUCAGAGGCGGUUUCUCCAGAACACAGGUAAAGCCAGCAUUCCUGCUCUCCCAUCCUCCUCCAGACAGACCUCCCUCCAUUCCCCAGUGCCCGGGGCAGAGUUUCCCAAAGCUGCAAAAAUGUCAACUCCUCAAAGGCCCAGGCUAGGUACAGGCUUCUCAGAAGGAGAAGAUAUCCUCUUCUUUGACAAGUCUCCUCCUCCAAGGCCAAAGCUAGACAGCUUGGCAGAAGCCAAAAAGCUGGCUGCAAUACGGCGGCUGCGAGCAAAGGGCCAGAUCCUUCCCAAAACAGACCCAAACAGCGUCAAGAGGAAACGGACUGAUGCUGAGGAUGUCCUGGAAAUUGUUGAAAGAGUUGAGAAAAAUGUCGCUCAGCCACAAGGUGCAGAAGCAGACAGUGAAAUGGAUGAACUGGAACCUGCCCAAAAGAAACGGCGUGAGCAGCUGGCCUAUCUGGAGUCAGAAGAGUUCCAGAAAAUCCUGAAGGCCAAGUCCAAGCACACAGAUGUCCUAAAAGAGGCUGAGGCUGAACUGCAGGAGAAAUACUUUCAGCCCCUGGUGAAAAAGGAAGAACUGGAAGAGAAGAUGAGGAACAUUAAAGCAGUGAAAUGCCGAGUUGUGACAUGUAAAACAUGUAAUUACACCUAUUUCAAGCCUCUGGAGACUUGUGUGCAGGAUAACCACAACUACCUCUGGCAUGAUGCCAUCAAGAGAUUUUUCAAAUGUCCUUGUGGAAGCAGAGCUAUUUCCCUUGACAGGCUUCCAAAAAAGCCCUGCAGUUACUGUGGCCUCUUCAAGUGGGAGCGAGAUGGGAUGCUAAAGGAGAAAAAAGGUCCGAAGAUUGGUGGAGAAACGCUUUUACCGAGAGGAGAAGAACAACCAAAAUUUCUCAAUAGUCUCAAGUGA